GGGCCACCAGUCCGAAGUUUCCAUCAAGCAAUCUUGCAUGCCUUGAUCAGCUAGGUCGAGGAUGACAAACUGCUGUUUACAACUACUGUUCUUGGCUCCACUCGGUUUCUCUCUUAGAACUGUCAAAUCUCAUUCUUGACGUUUUGCCACGCUUACGUAAACCAGACGAUGGAGUGUCCCAUCUCUAAUCACCGCAUGUCAUGAAAACUUAUAAGCAGUCCACCCGCAUGAUAUUCACAUAUCUGAAGACAUUUGCCCUUCGAUAUCGUUGUUAUGGGAUAAGAAUUAAGCCAUAUGAGAGCAUUUGGCAGUGCAGGACUUAAAAAUCAAAAAAUGGUUCACAACCCACACAAUCAUAUUUCCAAACCUCUCUCUGAUACUGAGAUCCAACUUUCAGCGUAUAAUGGCCAGAGGCAACUGGCAGCUACCAACGCAGUUUCCUUUCGGAUACUCGCUUUUCUGCGAAACCUAACGUGAGCUAGGUAAUCGAUGUAAAUGCACCCGAACAAUAGUUUUGGUUGGACUCCAACAACCUGCAUCACCUCUGUCGUAACACUAAGCCUUGAGGAGAAACAAGGUGGGAGUAGAAGUCCAGACAGUUGCCUCCUCUAAAUAUCGAGCUUUGUUCGGGAGCUCCUUCAAUUCGUUUAUUCUGUCGUGGCGAUUAAACGCAGGGAGAAAUGAGACGGGCAACCCAGAUGUGCACAGAGCACGAUGAACCCAUCACUCCAAACUGCGCUGUCAGUGUACCACAUUUACAAUGGGCAGAUUCAGAUUCAGAUUCAGCAUCAGCAUCAUACCCAGCCCGGCCGCUUUCACGUGCGGUAGUUACGAUGAAGCCUCGUGUAACUCCAGAAAUAUACGAGAAAAUACUGUUCAGGGGACUUGACCGCGGCCAAGGGUAGGAAGCAUACAUUUGGCCUGGUCCCCGGGCUGUUGCUGUACUGGCAGUGGCUACGUCAACUUACUUGGCAGGGUUAGACGGCAAAAAGCCGCUAGAUCCUUUGGCAAUGCCUGCUGUGAUCCAAGAUUCCAGAGUUUAGUGGGGGGCCACGGGGGCUACGGGAGUCUCCUUAGAUCCCUUGCACUUGUGGGGUCCUGGUCUCUGCUUUGCCUCCACCUCUUGGACUUGAUGAGAUAGACACGAGACGGAAAGAAGUGGGGGAAGUUCUUGUAUCGAAAGCCUUUUGGCGAGGCUCGUUUCCAUGCUUAGGGUUUGUCCCUUAAACCCUAGAACAGGGUUCUGGGUUUGGUCAGAGCUUGGCAACAACGCUGCGGAGCUCUUUCCCCUGUUUGCCGUCUCAGAAGUCUUCGCUCUGUGUCCACGGAGGAGAUCGAGACGUUCUGAGGCAGCAUCAUCAUUUCCACUGCGAGGUGUAGGUUGAGUGAUGUCUGAGAUCAACGCCCCAAUGCACUCCAUUGAGCACUGCGAGGCUUACGUCGUGAAAUACGACAUUUUGUGAAGUGCAUGUCUGUCAUCAGACAUGAGAAAUGCCUUCGAGUAUGCAAAUUCAGUCUCUCAAUGGAUGGACUUAGUAAUUUAAAACCAGGAACGAAGAGAGAAGACAGAUUGACAAGCUCCUGUUGCGGUUGGUCCGUUGUAGACCUGAAGAAUGUUGACAGGUCUUUUAUAACAAUUUGAAACUGGUUGAGGGGAUUCCAAGGCUCAGGAAAUUCGGCUGUUGAUGCUUCUUGUUGUCCAUAUGUUUUGAACGCACUACCGGAUCCAGCCAGCAAAGGACAGUGAUGCUGUCAUAGUCGCUCCGUCAGAUCACAUCUGAAUUUCUAUGUCGCACACAAGACCAUCAAUACUACAGACUUUUUGUUAGAAUUUGUCCUGAUGGGGGAAGUGUCUCUCGCCGCGGUCAAAGUCGAGGAGUUACUAAAGGAAGUGCGAAUAGAUUAUACGAAAACUAAGACUGUGGAAGGAGCUGUUGCCUCUGUGCGAGAUAUUUUACAAACUCUUGGUACUGUGGAGGUCUCGUCCUCCGUAGCUGCUAGAUUUGUGAAAGACCUCGGCGUACCGGAUGACAAAUGCGGUUUCAAAUUUCAAAAGCCUGUUUCCGUGAAGGUGAUAGGCAGUUUUGUUACCCAGUCAGUCACCAAGCCAGUGCAAAAUGUUGACCUGGCAGUGCUCAUCCCAAAGACUUGCUUUCACGAGAAAGAUUAUUUAAAUUACCGAUAUCAUGCAAAGCGGUUACUAUACCUCGCUGCAAUCGAGCGAGAGCUUUCUAAGAUGGGCUCGUUCGAGAAAAUGGAGUGGACCUCCUUGCACGAAGAUGCUACCAAGCCCGUAUUGAUUGUCUAUCCAGCUGCCGAUGAUUCUGGAGUGGCCACGAAGUUUUUGCUCCGAUUGAUACCUACCAUUUCAACGGAACACUUCGAUUUCACGAAGUUCGGACUUGAGAGAAAUAAUGUCCGGGACGCUAAGUCUAGAGAAGGGCUUGCUCUGCCAACCCCUCAUUACAGUUCCAGUAUUGUGGAGGAUAUGUUGAUUCAAGAGCAUUCAGACUGGCUCGAGUCUCAUUUAUCGAAAUCCCCUACCCUGCGUGACGCCAUAUCUCUCGCCAAGGUUUGGCUCAGACAACGAAGCGUAGAUGGUCACCGAGAUGGACUUAACGGUUUCUUGAUGUCAGCCCUCAUCGUCCACCUUAGCACUCCCGCAGGAAAGCAGCGCAUAUCGGAGCACAUGUCAGCAUUACAGAUGUUCCGUGUGACGUUGGACGCUAUUGGCACCAUGGACAUUCUCGGUCGAGGACUUGUGAUGCAGAGGCUCGUAGAGAAUUCUGUUUCUAGCGAUGUGAAACAGAUGAAGUCUUCCUUCGAAGUCGUGAUGGUCGAUCCUUCUGGGCGUUUAAAUCUCACUCAUCGAUUAACGAAAAGUGCGCUUGAAGAGUUGAAAUACGAUGCUCUUCGCACUUUGGAGGCUAUGAAGGGUCUGAAGGACGGAGGAUUCGAUGCGGUCUUCAUGACGCGUGUAGGAUUUUCUGCCAAGUUUGACUAUCACAUAAGAUUUGAAGUUCCAGACAGAACUACAAAAUCCCCUCUGUGUCUUGAUAUGGAGCGCUGGCGGGUUUUUGAGAGGAAGGUGGAAGCUAUACUCCGGAAAGCUCUUAGUGAGAGGGCUGUCCUUGUGCGCGUUUUACAACGAUCUCUACCGUCAGGAUGGAACCCAUCCGUGGGGUUGGAGUGCGUGGAGAAGGUUCCACUUCUUGCGGGAAUAUUUUUAAACAACCAUGAAGUUGCGCUCCGAAUGGCGGAUGUCGGUCCGGGUGCUGAUGAUAAAGUUGAGGCCAAGAAGUUCAGAUCGUUUUGGGGUGAAAGGUCAGAGCUUCGAAGGUUCAAAGACGGCAAAAUUUGUGAAACUGCAGUCUGGGAAUGCCAACCAACCGAAAGGCACCUGAUUAUUGAGCGUAUUGUACAUCACGUUUGCUUAAGACACCUUGCUCUGUCGCCAUCAGACGUCAAAGUUGUUGCUGGACAGCUCGACUUUGCUGUAUCCGUGAGAGGAAAGGAUCAGUCAGCUGUGAUCCCCAAAAUUCUUGAGGUUUUUGAAAAUUUAUCUAAAAGAUUGCGAAGUUUGGAGAACCUACCGUUACACAUUGUGAGCGUACAGCCAUUAAGUGCUGAAUUUAGACACUCAGCUGUCUACUACCCACAGCCGCAUCCCCUAGCGAGUGAAGUGGUUCUAUCGAAGCCUCUGCCGAAGGUCUUGGGCUCUUGCUUGGACCCUCUGGAAAUUGUGAUACAGCUCGAAGGUUCCGGUAGAUGGCCUGAUGAUCCUGUAGCCAUACAAAAGACGAAACUCGCGUUCUGCUUGAACAUAGCCGACAGUAUGCAGGUAAAGUGGGGCGUCCACUGUGUCGCCAGCGAAGAAGCCGUUGAUAUACUAAUGGACGGCUUUGCUUUCCGACUUUCCAUUCUUUACGAAAAGGAUCGAACUUUGAUCAAUAAGGAGAGAUUAGCUUCGUCGCUCGCGACCGGAAGUGGUUUACCUUUGAAAUUUGGAGCAACUGUUCUCAAUUCGCAGCCAGCUUCUCUUAAAGGAGAUCGGCUGCUGAGAAGCAUGCACGCCAGCAUUCUCCUCGGUCUACAUGGCCUGUACCCAGCCUUCAGCCCUACAGUAAGGCUUGCGAAAAGGUGGCUGGCUUCACACUUGUUUUCAGGUGUGCUUGCCGAUGAAGCGGUGGAGCUCCUGGUCGCGCAUUUGUUCGUGAAUCCAUCCCCUUACUCUCCUCCGUCGUCUCGUGUUACUGGUCUUCUGAGGUUUCUAAGGCUGCUCGAGAGCCAUGACUGGUUGUUAGCACCUCUGAUCGUGGAUGUGAAUGCUAGCAUCACACCGAACGACGAAACUAUUAUUAUGGUGAUCUUACUGAACUCUUCACCAAGUCACAGUUUGACAAGCUGAAUCGCGACAGCAAUAGCGUUUGUGAAGGUCCUGCUAUGUUUAUAGCAACUGCUUAUGACUUGAGUUCCGAGACAUGGACAAGAGACUCUCCGAAUGUUAAGGGCCUCAAGCGGUUAGUGGCUUACGCGAAGAGCUCUUCUGCAUUACUAUCCAGCAUGAUAAUGAGUCAUGAUAGUUCUGCAAAAUGGCAGACUUUAUUCCGAACACCAUUGAACUGUUACGACGCCAUUGCUCUUUUGCAUGAACAGAGCCUUCCUCAUCCAAGUCGAUUGCUUUUUCCUGCCCACGUAGACAUCCCGUCUGUGGUAUCUAGAAAAGCACCCGAUGAUAUACUAGCACUUAUUCCCUCACCGGUCAUGAAAGCCGGCCCUAUAGCAGCAAGAAAUCAUCUUUUGAUAGGCUUUGAUCCAGUAGAAGAAUUCGUGAAAGAGCUGAAAGAGCGGUUAGGCGAGUCUUGCUCUAUUUAUUACGAUCAGUUAGGUAGUGACGUUGUGGGGCUAAGUUGGACAGCCGGUUCAAGCGGGAAGAGGAAAAGAGAGGAAAAGCUCGAAAAUUCUGUCGAUGUGGAUGACAUUGUUCGACACAUAAAUGAAGCCGGUGCUGGGCUUGUGAAAAGUAUUCAUCUUUCUGACAGAGUUAGGAAGGUAGGCCUGCCGGCUGUAAGUAAGCAGGUGCAGAAGAUGAAACGCGUGGCGAAUCUCUCUACAGAGAGGAAGAAAGGGUCGAAGAAGGGAAAAUGACGCCUUGUGGAAUAGGUAGAGAAGAAAGUACAUUUAGUCGAGAAUUCGUAAGUUUUGCAGAGUAGAUUGUGCCCACUGUGAACGGACAGAAGUUGAAGUGUAUAUUAGCGCGCGGUAUAUGUACAAAAUUUUCUACACUUCGCCUUAUACCUAGUAUGUGCGUCUUACUUGUAUUCCCAAUUUGGAGGAAUGUCGAUGUCGUGCGCCAUAAGCACGGUUCAAGUGUUGCAACAGUAUACAUGGA